GCCAUUGCACACAUAGCUCAGCAUCCUCCUCUCCCACAUACACACACACUCAGAGAGAGAGAGAGACCCACACACAUUCAACAGGAGAGGAAAGGCUGCUGAGCAGAAGGGAAGGGGAGGAAGAGGACCUUGGGCAUCUCUUGCUUGCUUCCAUCCCUGCCUGCAUCCAUCCCUCCAUCCCUGCUCCAUGGCCAAGGAAGGAGCCGAGAAAGCGGAGGAGACGGAGCAGAUGAUCGAGAAGGAAGCGGCCGAAGGCGGUGGAGGCGGUGGCGGUGGCGGAGGGGGAGAGAGCCAAGGCAGCCCCAAGGCCGGAGGAGGAGGAGAAGCCAAGGAGAUGCGCGCCGUGGUCCUCUCCGCCUUCGGGGGCCUCAACAAGCUCCGGGUGGCCAAGAAAGUCAUGCCCGAACCCCAGGAGGGAGAGCUCAAGAUCCGCGUCAAAGCCUGUGGAUUAAAUUUCAUUGACCUGAUGGUUCGACAGGGGAACAUUGACAAUCCACCUAAAGCACCACUUGUCCCUGGAUUUGAAUGCUCUGGAAUUGUAGAAGCAGUGGGUGACAAUGUGAAAGGCUAUGAGAUUGGAGACAGAGUCAUGGCCUUUGUCAACUACAACGCCUGGGCAGAAGUUGUGUGCACACCGCUUGAAUUUGUCUACAAAAUUCCCAACGACAUGAGCUUUUCCGAAGCUGCUGCUUUCCCUAUGAACUUUGUAACGGCAUACAUGAUGCUCUUUGAGGUGGCCAAUCUGCGAGAAGGCAUGUCCGUGUUAGUUCAUUCAGUCGGGGGUGGAGUGGGACAAGCUGUCGCUCAGCUCUGCUCAACAAUCCCCAACGUUACUGUCUUUGGAACAGCUUCUUCCUUCAAGCACGAAGCAAUCAAAGAUUCUGUAGCCCACCUCUUUGACCGAAAUGCAGAUUAUGUCCAGGAAGUUAAAAAGAUCUCCCCAGAUGGUGUAGACAUUGUCCUGGAUUGCCUUUGUGGAGAAAAUACAGGCAAAGGUCUCAGUCUUCUCAAACCACUUGGGACUUACAUUUUAUAUGGGUCAUCAAACAUGGUUACUGGGGAAACCAAAAGUUUCUUCAGCUUUGCAAAAUCAUGGUGGCAAGUAGAGAAAGUGAACCCUAUCAAGCUCUACGAAGAAAACAAAGUCAUGGCUGGGUUUUCCCUCUUAAAUCUGCUUUUCAAACAAAACCGAAGCGGGCUGAUACAUAAUGUCAUGGACAAACUACUAAAACUCUACAAUGAAAAGAAGAUCAAACCUCGAGUUGAUUCACUCUGGGCACUGGAAGAGGUGAAGGAAGCAAUGCAAAGAAUCCAUGACAGAGGCAAUAUAGGAAAAUUAAUUCUGGAUGUGGAGAAGACGCCUACUCCAUUGAUGGCCAAUGACAGCACAGAAACCAGUGAAGCUGGCGAAGAGGAGGAAGAUCACGAAGGGGACACUGAGAACAAAGAGCGUAUGCCAUUCAUCCAGCAAUAGCUGCGAGCAAUGGGAAUGAAAGUCAGAAGCAGUGACAGAGCAGAAGAAGGGAAGACGACUGGGAAAAUCCAUUUUGUGCACCAGUGAACAAAUGCUCUAGUAUAGUGUGUGUUGUUUUUCUGUCUGCAGUCAGCUGAGCUAUAAGCUGUUGGUCAUUGAUGUUUUGAACUCAAGUGCCAUUCCCACCCAGUACAGUAUUAUGGCAUUCCUUCAUGUGUUACCCAGUUUGCUUGUGACUGUCCUAUCACGCUCCUGACUAAAGCCUUAUUAAGAUCUGCAGUGAUUUAGAGGCAGGAACAUCCUUCUCAUGCAGUCUCAAAACCAAAUUGAUCGAGCCAGUUUAAAAGUGGGAAGUGUUAUUAGUCAGCUGUGGGAAAAUCAAAUCAGAAUUAAACAACACAUUCACUCCUC